AUGGGGGGGGUCGACGCGUUCGUGCAGGAGUACAUAAACAACAACAUCGUUAAAAUUGAAGACGUGGAAAUCCACGUGGAAAAAAUGAACCGAGAAAUAAUGGAACUCGAUAAAACCAUCAGCGAAAAGGUGGAAAGCCACAUCCUAAGUCAGAAUGAGUAUGAUCAAAAAUUAAGACACAUAAAAGAAAAAAUGAAAAUAAUUAAUAAGCAAAUGGAACAAGUGGAUAAAAAAACAGAAGAAAGUGAGCAAAUCCUAGUGAAGCUAUGUAAAGAUAUCAAAAAAUUAGAUAUUGGAAAAAAAAACGUUACAGAAACGAUUAUUGUAAUGAAAAGAAUCGUUAUGGUUAUCACUGCUAUAAGCAGCUUGAAAAAAAAGGCCCUGAAAAGGGAGUACAGCGGAUGUAUUCCCCUCAUCUCCGUUAUCAAAGAAAUGCUUAUACACAUUUCCGACCUGAGGACAAACGAAAAAUUAAAAACACUAUACAAAGAUGCCAACAUACUUUUCGAUGACGUAAAGCAUCAGAUAAUGGAAGACAUCGAUUUGGUGUACGACCCCGAUGUACACAUAGAGAAGAACCUCAUCAUAGUGAAUGAAGAUAACCACGCCAAAGGAGAAGCAAUCUCUAUCAAUCUGUUCGAUGCAUGCAAUUGUUUAUACCAUUUAGAUCAAAAGUUCGUUUCCAAUGUAGUUAAAAAAUUUUCCAACUUUUUUCUCGAAAAAUACAUUAUUAUUUUUGAAAAUCAAGCAAAUAAUUUGGAAGGGAUUGAUAGACGCAUGGCAUGGUUGAAGCGCGCAUUGAAUACGUAUGAACAUGUCUAUGCUCAUAUUUUCCCUGCGGUUUAUAAUAUGCCUUACCAUAUUGUCUGCAAAUUCUGCUCUCUCACCAAAAAACACAUUGUUAAAAUUAUGUCUUCUUCUAUCGACCACAUGAACCCCGUUUCUCUAAUCCAGACUGUCAUUAAGGUGAUUAAUUUUGAGAAUUUUCUAUCCAAAAAUGUGACGUUCUUUACUGAAAAAAGGAAUACCUCAGAUGAUGCAUACGGUUCUUUGGACUUUCCCUUCCCAGAGCUAAUUAUGGAGAGGGAUUUGGCGUCCUCAGAAGGAGAGCAAGAAAAAGACCAAAUGGACGAUACAAAAAAGGAUGGAGACCCCUCCAUUAGCACUGCGCAUGAUGAUACAAAUUCCCAUGCACCACAAAACUUCAAGGGAGUCAUGUCAUGCGCAUUCGACAGUUACCUGUGCAGCUGGCUAAAAUAUGAAGAAAAAAAAAUUCUUCAAAAAUUUGAAAACAUAAUAAAAGAAGAAAAUAGAGAGGACCCCCUGGAGGGAGGGGGACACAAGAGUGAAUGCAAAUGGUCCUCCUCAGAAAAGGACCCCCUUCUUGAGGUUAAUAAAAUUUUAAAAAAAAAGGAAAACAACAAUACGGAAUUGGACCCCGAAAUGGUGGAAGAAAAACACACAGUGUAUAAAUCAGCGUACAAAAUGUUUUAUCUGUACAAAAGCUACAUAAACAUGAUUCUUCAAUUUAGCGAUUGCCAAACGUUGUACGAUUUUGUGAUUUUCUUUAAAACCCUGUUAUUGAAAUAUAGUGAAGAGCUAAACAAAAGAAUUGUAAAAGAUGUAAAGGAGGAAAACAGAAAUCAGCACUUCAAAUUACUCUCCGUUAUAAUCAAUACAAGUUAUUACGUAGAACAAACAAUGAAUGAAGCUUUUGAAAAUCUUGUCAAAGUUAUUGAUCCAAUUUAUAAGGAUAAAAUUUGCUUCAAAGAAGAGGAACAACAAUUUUUACAAAUAAAAACCAAAUGUAUAAAAGGAAUUAUUGUCUUUGUAGAGAAAAAAAUAAAUUCCAUCAUUUCAAAUAAAGAAAUUGCAAACAUAUUUGACCCAAAUGAUGUCCAAGGAAAGACUCCUUACAUAACUAAUAUGGACCUAUUUCUGCGGGAAUAUUUUUCCUUUUUUAAAAAAAUUUUUAAUGAGACCUACUUGAUUUAUUUACUCGAAAAAACGACCACACUGAUCAUUCAGCAAUUUUAUCACACCAUUUUUUCGUUUCAGUUUAUGACCAAUUUGACUGCCCAUCAGCUACUUUUGGACUGCCACGAGAUGGAAAAAAUUUUGUUUCAGACGGCAGGUCUAUUAAAUACGAGAAAGGGGGAGCAAGACACCCACGCUGGGUCACAGGGAAUAGAGACAGAAGCGCAGGGAUUCGCAUCGGCGGUGUCAGCGUCAGACGACGAAUGCAUCAUUCCUCAGACAUACUUCAAUUAUGUAAAAAACCAAACGAAAAAAAUUGAAUUUUUAAUUAAAAUAUUUAUCUCUAACAUUUACGAUAUGAACUCCUUCAACAUGCUGCUCACCGAAAAUAACAACAUUUGUACCAUCGAGGAGAUUGAGAAGAUCCUGUCCAUGAAGGAGGACAGCACGGGGGCUAAGGCCCCCCCGAGGGAACCCAGCCAAAAAAAGAACUACGUACACGACAUUAAGGAGCGAGGCAUGAAGGCCGCGGAGGAGGUCAAAUUCUUCUUCAACAAGAUUACAAGUAUCUAG